UAUUUUAAAAAUAUCCUCUCAUUCAAAGGGUUUACUCAGAUUAAUUUACAGGAGUAAUCAGAAUUCAGUCUUGUAUAGAAUACUAACUGUGCCUUCACUGUUACAUGUGCUACACUGCGCCACCCUGAGGAAAUAGUUUUCAUGUCCUCAGGUAUUGCUAACUUGUCUCCACAGUUUCUUAAGUUCAAUCAAUCCAUCAUAAUAAUGCCAGUGAUCUCCAGCUAGUCGAUGAAAUGGCACAAAAUGACUCCUUCCCCCAAGAUAAUUAGUUUCCAGGUGAUAUCCGGUGGGAGAGGAGGAGCCAAAGAAGAAAGACUCCUCCAGAUCUGGGAGCACACGUUAUGACAGGCCAAGGCGGUAGAGAAGGAGACUUUUCACAGUGGUGAACUUGAUGGAGGAGGAAGCAUGCCCUCCUAAAGUGGAUCCGGAGGGAAUAAAAACCAGGGAUCGAGGGCAAAGAGAUGGCACAGCAGGAAGAACCUCUGUAUGAUUUCCCGGAGCCCUCCCAGGCGUCAGUGCGCAAGUUCUCGGGGCAUCAAAGAGGACAAGGUUCUCUGAGAAGCAUCAGUGUACUGGACCGUCUCCUGCUCACGGUUCCUGUCUGGCUUCAGCUGUUGAUCAACCCUGCUACUGCCCUACACAUACUGCAGAGGGAGCCUCCUGGGACGUUCCUGGUGCGCAAGUCCCGCACAUCCCAGAGAAAUGUGCUGUGUGUCCGUUUGGCGGAUGACAGUGUGCCGUCCUUCGUUCAGCAGUUUGGCAUAAGGGAGGAACACUCAACUCUAACUCUGGAGACUUCAGCCAUCAGCUUUCCAGACCUCCCAAGACUAAUUUCCUUCUACUGUGUCAGCAGAGAUGUAUUACCCUUCCCUCUGGAGCUUCCCGAAGCCAUUGCAAGGGCAACAUCUCACAAAGAGCUCGAGUCCAUCUCACAUAUGGGAAUAGAAUUCUGGAGUUCCCACCUAAACAUCCGUGGGCCCCGGGAGGCACCUAAGCCCUGCAAGGACAAGGGGGAUAAGAAGCCAGACACUGUAACCUCAGCCCCGCCCGCUGCUAACCCACAGAAAAGCUCUGCAGCUCAGCUUGAUUCAGCUCCCCAGUCCGCCUCAGACAACCAGCUUAAGGCAGCACCUGAAUCUGACAAAGCCAACAAACAAUCAGGUCCCAAUCACACCCUGUUCCGCGAGUUCUGUCCAAUCACGACGCGAAGCCCCAGAGAACUGGACUGUGGCUCCGGCCUGGGUGCUCUGUGUUUCAUCAACCCCCUUUUCUUGCAGUCUCAGACCGCCUUUUCCAGGCGGCGCAUGUUCAAACGCAGCCUCAAGGUUCGGGUGUCAACAGAAACGUCGACCCUGCUGUCACCCCCACUCGCUCCACCACCUCCACCGCCUCUAAUGCCCAAAACUAAAGGCAAAUGUAAAGCCCAGAAACGGGUACAAGGAACUGCCCAACCCAGUAAACCCUCAGGCCUUUUACAAGGUGGGAACCCAAGUCAAGUCCGUCAGAUUGAUCCCACAUCUCAAGACACCCAGCUCCAGCCUCUGACACAGACACAGGACGCCCACAGUGAGGCUCAAGUGCAGCAUCCGUCAGCAACUUUUCAGGGACAAGCCAGAGUCGAAGGAGAGGAGGCUACAGCUGCGCUAGUGAUGGAGCAUCUUCAAGAGGACUCCGACUAUAUGCAGCCCUCUCCAGUGAUCAGUUUAUCCCAUUCCCCCUCACUCUCUCAUCUCUCCCCAUCUGUUUCUCCUAUGGCACCUCCCCUUUUCCCCAAAAUGUCUCCGUCCUUCUCUCCUCACGACUCUCCUGGUGCUUCACCCUCUCUCUCGCCUUAUCAGUCCCCAUCUCUUUCUCCCAAGGUUCCCUUUUCUCUCUCUCCACAUGACUCACCCAGUGCGUCGCCCUCUCUUUCCCCUUAUCAGUCCCCAUCCCCUUCUCCUAAGGUCCCCUUCUCUCUUUCUCCCUUCACCUCCCCAUCCUUCUCUCAGCUGUCAGAGGAAGCGUAUCACACACCUACUACUCCUUCAAGACCAGAUCAGCAAAGAUCAGAGGGAGCAGGUGAGGAGGAUGAAGAGGAUGAAACAGAAGAGCUACACAAAGAGAGGGAAGAGGAGGAGACGGGUCUGGUUUUGCAGAUUAAUGCUGCUUCUCUUAAUGACAAUGACAGCUGCAGUUCCUUCAGCAGCCUUGAGGAGGCAGCAGAGACUCCACUUCACCAACAGGACCAUGGCACAAGCCUCUAGCAAAAAAAUCAUUAUUAGACUGUUGCUGAAUGGCAUCUUGUGAUAUGAGGCACUGUUUAGAUUACUUAGUGUAGUUAUGAUGAUAGCAUCCCACAUGCGCUCCUCAAAUUGUUUAGAGGAAUAUUUUGAACAGAUAAUAAGUUAAAUGCAAACAUUUAAGUGAACAUACUGGUUGUUUUGUAUGUCCCAUUAACUGCAAAUUGUGUGCACUCCUUACUAUGCUCUAGCACCAACCAUUUUCCAAAGUAUAAAAUUUGUUUGUUUUUUGAUUGAUUUCCUACCAAACCAAGAGCCCUUUGUUUCCUUUGAUGUCAAUAUUUUCUGAAAAUUGCUUAGACUUCUUGAGAUACGUAGUCCAUCACUUUAUUUUUUCUUAAUCAAAUUUACAUUAUCAUUGUGUUGUAAUACAGUUACAAACAGUGACUGUCUGCUCUUUCCUUCAUGAUGCAUUUGAAGACGCUCUGACAUCUGAGUUAAGAGUUUAGCAAUCAAUCACAAGCUAUGUUUCUGGAAAAUUACAACCGUAUGAGUAGAACAAUGAACAAACAAAAUAGAAUGAAGAUUUCUACAAUUAAAAUGUUGCUAUUCAGCACUGGAUGUCAGAAUCACUAUUAGGCACCAAUAAGAUGUCCUUGCAGCAACAAUCGUGGUUUGGUUUUAAUUAUAUUAUUUUGGUUCCAUGUGUCCUUCAGGGAGAACAUGUUGAAUUGUCUGCUAUCAUAAUAUAUUGCACAUGAUGUUGAGUUGUUAAAUUUAUCAUUUGAUGGGAAACCACAUGUGCUUCUACAACAGUAAAAGCUGGGAUUUCAGUUUGACUUACACAACUCCCCUCUGCAGACAUACACAUCUUCAGACUGCACCUAAGCAUGUGUCAUUUUGAUAAAAUAAUAACGUAAGCUCUAUUUGAAUCAUUAGACUUACUUGUUAUAUCAUUAAAAUGUACUGAAAGUCA